GGACAGACAUGGGGCCCAGCUCCCAGCCCCUCCUCCUGCUCCUGCUGGCACUACCCCUCAGGGGCCAGGCCAGCACAAGCUGCUAUGGGAUCCCAGGGAUGCCGGGCAUGCCCGGGGCCCCAGGAAAGGACGGGCAUGACGGGCUGCCAGGGCCCAAGGGCGAGUCAGGAAUUCCAGCUAUCCCUGGGACACGAGGACCCAAGGGCCAGAAAGGAGAACCCGGCACACCUGGCCACCCUGGGAAAAAUGGCCCCAUGGGGGCCUCCGGGAUUCCAGGCACCCCAGGAAUCGUAGGCCCCCCUGGGGAGCCGGGCGAGGAGGGCAGAUACAAACAGAAGCACCAGUCGGUGUUCACAGUGACACGGCAGACAAGCCAGUUCCCGGCGCCCAACAGCCUGGUCAAGUUCAACACAGUCAUCACCAACCCGCAGAGGCAUUAUGACACGAGCACGGGCAAGUUCACCUGCCAUGUGCCCGGCCUCUACUACUUUGCCUAUCACACGUCACACACGGCCAACCUGUGCGUGAAGCUGUACCGCAGUGGCAUCGAGGUAACCACCUUCUGCGACCACAUGUCCAACAGCAAGCAGGUCAGCUCAGGCGGCGUGCUACUGCGGCUGCAGGUGGGCGAGCAGGUGUGGCUGGCUGUCAACGACUACAACGGCAUGGUGGGUACCGCGGGCUCCGACAGCGUCUUCUCUGGCUUCCUGCUCUUCCCCGACUAG